AUGAAGCCAACCCAGAGAUCAUCAGAAGGCAUAACAUGGCGCAAGAACAAACCCCUCGAAAAGGGCCUAGCAACAGAGGCCGUAGUCACCAGCUCGCCCAACAUCGCAGAUGAAUACGACGUCAUUGUAAUCGGCGCCAGAUUCGCAGGUCUCGUAGCAGCCAGAGACUUGAGCAGCACAGCUUCAACCUUGCUCGUCGAAGCUCGAGAUCGCAUCGGAGGCAGAACGUGGGUUGCCAGGGACAUCAUCUCCCUUCCAUCCCCAACCGGCCCAGCAGACUACCACUUCACCACCAACAACCAAACCACCACCCUCAACCCCCCAACCACCGCCCAAAAACUAGACAAAUUCUACAAGGACUUUAUAUCAGUCAACGACACAACCCCAGAAGCCUUCCUCCACCCCCCCUUCGGGAACCUCGGCGACGCAAGCUUCAUCGCAGCAUACGACCACCUAACCGCCGCACAACGCCUAGACCAAAUGGACGUCUCCCCACAAGACCGACCCCUCUUCGAAGCCGCGCUGCAAAUGUUUGGGCUUGCCAGGCCCGAGGAGACGGGGUUCCUAAAUGUUGCUCGGUACAUCGCAAGCAACGACUCCGGCACAAAGCUUCUAGAAAAGGGCGGGACGUAUUCCCUCGGCGGAGGGGGCACCACCGCCCUGGCAAGAUCCAUCCUCGCGGACUUCACGGGCGACGUCCUCUUCCGGUCGCCGGUGGUGGGCAUCUCGCAGGACGGCGACGACGGUCGGGUUCGGGUUACGAUGCGAGAUGGGAGGACGGCGUCGGCGCGGUACGUCGUGAAUACCAUGCCCCUCAACGUCCUCUCCACCAUCACCUUCUCGCCGCCUCUCUCGGGUUUUGGGAGAGAGGUCGUGGAGAGGGGACACGGAGGACGCGGGGUAAAAGUAAUUCUCGCGCUCGAAGAUGGGAGCGUCCCGCGUCCUUUCUUCGCGAGCGCUGCUACCUCCGCUACCACGUCCUCCUCGGGGUGCGACUUCGUAGCUAGUUUCCCCAAGGCGGUAUCCCCCACAGACGGAAGCAUCUCCCGCACCGUCGGAUUCCUGACCGACCUGACGACUGAGGCCUCCUCUGGGAAGAUACUUCGUUCGGGCACGUGGGCUUGUUUCUCUGCUGGGUUCGAGGAUGGCAAGUACUGGGAUGAGUUGAGGAGGGGUCAUGGGAAGGGGGUGAUGGCGAGCGGGGACUGGGCGGUGGGAUGGUGGGGGUUUAUUGAUGGGGCUGUUGAGCAGGGGGUAAUUGCUGCGCAGAGGGUGAAGGGGCUUCUUAGGGAUGUGAAGGUGUAGGUGCUUUGGUUUGUUUGCUGAUUAAUAGUGUGAAGUAGAACGUAGGGUACAUGUCGUGGCGAUGGUCCCCGAGUUAGACGGGAGCUUGGAUAAGUAAGUAGGAAGUAUUAACAGGGUCAACUCCACCGGAGUAUACUUGGAUAUUCGUUCUCGAAACUGGCAAGAGGGUCAGGAAUGCCAGAGAUCGAAAGGUUUCCGAGGAAAUCACGCUUUCAUUGAA